AUGGCGUCAAAUACAAGAACCCCUCAAGGUAGUACUAGCGACGAGGAUUCAGAAGACCCUGAUAUUGCUCCGCGCCGGGUCAGGAAAAGAUCCAGGAAAAGCGGGGGUCACCGCACCAAAACGAAGUUCAAGCGACGUGGACGACUCGACCUAAUGCCCACCAUGAACUUGGAUAUUCUAUUUCAUAUCCUCAGUUUUCUCCAUCCAAUCGACCUUUUGAAUCUCUCCCGAACCAGCAAGGAUUUCCGAAAUUUAUUGUUGCAGAAAUCAUCUGCUUCUGCCUGGAAAACUGCUCGCCUCCAGGUUGACGACCUUCCCGAUUGUCCCCCAGACUUGAGUGAACCGCAGUAUGCAAAUCUUGCUUUCUACCCUCAUUGCCAUGUGCGACGAGCUUUACCGCAAAUGUCACCACCCUCGCUCACCAACAUGUACUCUAGGAUUGCGACAGAGUUGUCCGAUCUGUUUUAUGGCCACUUCGGGCACGAUACUGCCCCAGAUGCAUCGAAGUUGUUUCUCCAUAAGACAUUCACUGAACUGCUCGCCGAACACUCGAAGACGCCAGCGGACGAGAUGGCAGCUUUCUUGCUAAAGAAACGAAAGCAUACUGCUGAGGUCAUGGAACACGCAGAACAAUGUCAACAGUGGUCACAGUCUGUCGCAAGUUCUCGUAAAAAUGAACUUGACGACCUUAGACGCACUCGCCAGGACGAUAUUGUUGCUCGCCUAAGUGAAGCAGGCUACAAGCCUGAGUUGGACUAUGUGGAUAGAUUUUGGUUGCAAGACCAACUGGGGACAUCGUUCAGGGAACCAAAAAUUCUCACUCAAAAAUCAUGGGAUCGUAUACGCCCAGAUUUAAUCACAGGACUCGAUAAUGUCAGGGUCCGUCGCAUAGAAGAUCAAGUCUACGGUCCUAGGCGUCAGAUUCUGAUGGAUGAAUACAAGAAGUACCUCCAGCAGCCCCAUCCCCCCGGUGCAGCAUUUGACGUGAUGCCGCAUGCUGUUGAUGUCGCAGAGUUCGAGCCCUUCAGGGGUCUCAUCAAAUCGCCUGAAUCAGCCGCAAUUACCGCGACUUCGUUCAUCUCUGCUUUUCAGCAGCUCCCGGACUCGGUAUCCUCCUGGAGAGCCAAAAUCGAUCGCGAAUUUUUGGACCUGGUCCGCUUUCCAGAAAACCAUGGCGAUAGUGGAAAACAAAACGAUCCGGAUUGUCUGCAGUUGGCGACUGCCGUAUUCGUCGUGGAAUCUGGCAGUGAUCGUCGUCUACUGAUGUAUCCCGAUGUGCUCUCAUGGCCCGGAUUCUGCGUCCCGGCACCCGUCGCGUUGCGUGACGAACUCUACUCACUACAAGUGAAACAGUUCGGGUGCCGGAUGUGGUCCGGUGUUAGACAUUCCCCUCGGAUCAGUGUGUUUGAGGGAGCCGCAGCUAUUGUUCAGGCGGCCAGUCUUGACCCGAAGACCACGCGUGGAGAGGACAUGGAUGGGCUGGAUGCUCGCUUUGCAUGCGGAAAGUGUUCCACGCCAGGCAAAAAGGUGGUUAUGACAUGGAAAAUGGCGGUAAAUGAAAUUUACGCAGAUUUGUGA